AUGGCGACAACCGCUGUAAAAUCGCGCAGGCAACUAGAGAGUGAGAACGAAGAACUAUUGAGGCAAGUUCGAGUGCUCCAAGCAAAGUGUCGAUCGCUCUCCUCUCACAAUGAAGAAUUGACCUAUCUCUAUCUGAGCUCUGCGCGCCACUUCCCAGAUACCACGCCCGCGAAUGGCGGUGACCGACGGGAUGUGAGCACAAGAGGAAAAUCAACCUUCGCGCCUUUGGAACUCGGCUUUGGGGCGACGGCCGGAGGACUUUAUGAGGAACCUCCCUUCCCGCCGGAUAUGCAAUCUCAGUCCCCUAACACCUUCGCCAAUUGUCAAGCCAAUCUCUCUGUACGCGAGGGGGCUGUCACACAGGGUGGAGUGGUCCAGCAUUUUCCAAAUCCCGAAUCAAAAUCUGGCCACGCCCUCUUUGAGUGCACGCAGAAAGAUACUCGCUUGUCAGACUGUGCCUUCCCACAGGAUUUCGAUCAACACUGCUGGCAGUCCCAUGAUUGGGAGCCGAGGGUAACACCCGAAGAUUACUCAAUACCAGAGACGGUCCUCAUCAAUGAUGCUUUGGAGGCGAACGCGGCUUAUUCCCCGACCAUGCAACGCUCGGCCACAGGGUUACCUGGUUGGACGUUGCAGGACAUCGUGUGGCCGUUACAGCCCGAUGCCAUUGCAGGUGAUGUUCAAGGAACUGCACCAUUCAUACCUGCUGAAUGUCUUAAUCCCAGCGUCGACAACGGUGCAGGGAAGGACUACGACCAAGCUCGACAACCGACGCCAACCCCAAUACCAAUGCUGCGCCAAAUCCGAGCAGUCCCAGAUCUAAAAACCGGCUUUAACACCAGCCUACCCCGAGGGAAACUGGAUCAAUAUAUUACUGUCCUACACCAGGUCCUCGGUCGCCUGGAGCAAAACUCGUCCUUGACCCCUAAGCGUCGAGCUAAGGUCUGCGCGGAGGGCGUCCUGUGGGUAGUGCGCGAGGCCUGGCCGGAAGCCGAACACUUUUGGAAAACCACAGCUUCGUUCAAAGGGUUCAUGCAAUCCGAAAUGUGGCGCAAUUUCCCCGGCGAGGCAGUCUACGGCAAGAUGCAUCCGGCUUACCGCCCAACGCCUCGACAGCUUGUGACCCCCCAUUCGCCGUUGAUCGACUGGUUGCCGUGGCCGGAACUCCGGGAGAAGCUGAUCGAGCAGCAGGACUGCCUCGACGUGGACCUAGUCUGUAAAACGGCCAUCCAAAAUGUCGUUGCACAUCGAAUCUCGUUAUUACCGCAAGGUCGCAAGAGAUCGGCCCAGGAAACCGAGUCCACGGGAAUUCCGAGGACGUCCGAGUCCAGAAAGUCGACGGCCACCUCUUUCCGAGUCUGGGACCUCUGUCUCCUGGAGGAAAAGGCCGGUUUCGGGCCCAAGGGCGCGGGCCUCGUCUAUACUCCCAAGUCGGCCGCGGUGCAGGCACUAGAGAAGGCAUAUGGCCUCGAGUAUGACAAUUUCCAGACUCAGAAGCUGCACCCCAGCUUCUUCGAGACAUUUCCGACGUUAUUCGCAGGGAGCACCGUGUCGGGGCAUGCGGUGCAGGAGUUGCCCGUCGCAGACGAGCAUGCAGGGAGAGAUAUCUUGGGAUCGCCGCAAGGGCUCUUGCCCGGGGCUGGGGACAGGUUGCAGGCCGUGGUUGACCGAGCACUCGAGGCACUAUGUUGA